AUGAUUCCUCCUCCUGGUGUUGCUCACAAACCUGGUGAAGUUUGUAGGCUUCCUAAAGCACUUUAUAGGCUUAAACAAGCACCUCGUGCUAGGUUUGAGAAGUUCUCCACAUUUGUUACUUCACUCGGUUUUAUCUCUAGUCAUCAUGAUUCCGCAUUGUUUGUUAACUGUACAAGUGUAGGUCGUAUUUUGUUGUCACUGUACGUUGAUGACAUGAUCAUUACUGGUGAUGAUUAUGAUGGAAUAGAAUCUUUAAAGUCUGAUCUCUCUCGUUGUUUUGCUAUGAAAGACUUAGGCAUGCUGCGCUAUUUUCUUAGUAUUGAGGUCGCUUAUUCUCCAAAAGGUUAUCUCUUAUCUCAGUCAAAGUAUAUAGCUGAUUUUUUUGAUCAAGCGCGUCUUAGUAACAACAGGAUGGUUGGUACUCCUUUAGAGCCCAAUGCCCGAUAUUCUUCGUCAGAUGGUGUUCCUUUAUCAGAUUCCAGUUUGUAUCGUACUAUUGUUGGUAGUUUGGUCUAUCUAACCGUGACUCGUCCAGACAUUGCACACGUUGUUCAUGUGUUUAGUCAGUUUGUCACUACUUCUACUACAGUUCAUUGGUCUGCUGUUCUUCGUAUUCUCAGGUACCUUCGGGGCACUCAGUUUCAGAGCCUCUUGCUUCCCGCCACGUCCUCUUUAGAGUUGUGCGCUUACUCUGAUGCUAAUUGGGCUGGUGAUCCUACUGAUCGUAAGUCAACCACUGGAUUCUGUAUUUUCCUUGGUAAUUCACUUAUUUUAUGGAAGAGUAAGAAACAAGAUGUUAUUUUUAGGUCUUCUAUAGAAGCUGAGUAUCGUGCCAUGGCCUCGACCACUUGUGAAAUUGCUUGGUUAAGUUGGCUACUUGCAGAUAUGGGUGUCUAUCUUCGUCGUCCUACUCUCUUACAUUGUGACAACCAGAGUGCUAUUCAGAUUGCGCGCAAUUCAAUUUUUCAUGAGUGA